AUGGUAUAUGAUUUCCCUCACGAUGGGGAGAGGGUAGAGAUAAAAAUUGUAGAUGGUGAAUUAAACCAAAAACAAGGAACCGUUGGAGAAGCCGAAGAAGAAAAAGUAAAUGGGACAACUAUUAGAAAUCAAUUCAAGCAAUUCGAUUUCGUCUCUUCUACAGCUCAAAGUGAGAAAGGAAUCAUUUAUCAUUAUGCUCCCUCUUCCUCUUCCGGUAAACAGCAAAUAAACAACAGCAGUAUUGACAGGCACAGAAGAAUAAUGCAGGAGUGGAAGAUACUCAAAACUGGAUUACCUGAUUCAGUUUAUGUCAGGGUCUACGACAAUGAUGUUAUAAGAGCUGCAAUAAUCGGUGGAGCAGUUCGCUGUUAUAAUGAAUGCACACUUUUGAAUCUACAUGCUGCGGGGGUCGACCGUUUUAGAAUAGAUACCCGUUGGGCAACUUAUCAGUGCCAGAAAUUGCUAGUUGCUAAAUGGAACCCAAAUACAUCGACCAUACUGGAUAUUUUGUUAUCUGUUCAACUCGUGUUUCAAACUGAGGACCCGUACUAUGGGAUGAAAACGAACGAUCCUCGUUUACAAAAAGCCAUUAAGACCGGUUACAAGUUUGAUGAAUCUUUAAAGUGCAAUGAAAGACUCUUCAGGGCAAACUGUCUGGCAAUGUUGGUUACUCUGAGGCGCCCACCAAAAGAUUUUGAAGAAUUUGUGGCACAACAUUUUCGCGACCGUGCCGAAACAAUUUUGACUGCUUUUAACCGUUACAAAAUCAAAUAUGGUGAUCAUUUCAAAUAUGAGAUGAAGAUGGGCAGGGAAUAUCAUGAUUCUAUGGUCAAUAUAUAUACAAAGCUUUUGAAGGCGUUUAUAAAGAAUGGUUCUUCAUUGGAUGGUUUCGUUGGAGACAUUAACUUGGAUGACGAUGACUCUGGCCAUGUUGUCACCUCCGAAUCUCAUAUAUCGGCUGCGAUCACGCUUUGGAUUUUGGGACUCCUUUUUAUAUGCAUGCUUUGUGGUGGGAUUUGGUUUUUAAUUCAAGCGAUCAGAGGCAAUACUUAA